UAAUGUGUGAGCAUCGGCAAAGUGCUAGUUUUGUACCACUCAUUAGUCGUUGAUAUUGUUAUAGUGAAGAAUAAUUUUGUAUACUGUAAAUUAUAAUAUUAAUUGCUUGUACAUUUAAUUAAAAUAAAUUAAAUUAAAUCAUGACUUCGUUAAUUUCAUCUAUAAUAUUUCGUCUUAAACUGGCGCAAGUAAUUCUUUCUUUUGGAAGUAUUAUACCAGUGUUCGCCGAAUUGGAUAUUACCUAUUCGCGGUUAUCUUCAGAUUUCGCGUACCUAACGUUGUACAGUUACCUGGGUAUUGGUAUUAUCACCCUGGUGAGCUUAUGUAUAGCAGAACCAAUCUCCGAAAAAUUGGCUCUAUACUCUUCGUGUCUGGCCGUGAUCAUGCACCUGAUAUCGGCAGUUUGUAUCAUUAUCGACGUGUUCGGCCACGAGUAUUUAUGGGGAUUGCGGCUCAUCAGCGGACUGUGCGCUGGGGCAAACUCUGUGGCCUACGGAUGGGAAGUGUUGUACACGACGAAAUUUGUCCAUCACUGAGGACGCGAUGACGGCCUUCUACGCCGGAAAAACCGGAAAAAAGAAACGACGAUUGCUCGAAAAAUUAAUAUACUUAUAAUAGGUAUCUUUUUUUGUCCUCUCCUAUAGGUACUAUAUUAUUAUUAUUUAAUUCUCCGUCACCGUAUUAUCGUAUAGCACAUGUAUAUAAAGCAGUAUAAGCGUCGCUAUCGUAAUAAUUGUACAGGUAUACCAAUAUAUGUUAUUAUAUAAAUAUACUUUUUAUGAUAUAUUAUAAUAUAUAUCAUCUGAUAAUAUUUAACAUAAUAAUUUAUCAAUUUAUUAUUAAUAGCUGAUGCAGCAAACGUUGUUUUGCCUAUAAAGAACUGUUUUUAAAUUGUAUUACACUGUAUACGGCAUUGGCUAUGAAAAGAAUUUCGAAUUAAACUAUAAGUAUACCCUCUGCA